UCGGCCAUCGUCGCCGCCGGCGCGAGGGGCUACCACGUGCUGAGGAUCGAUGGCUACUCGCGCACCAGAUCCGUCGUCCCCAACGGCAAGUACAUCGAGUCCAGCCCCUUCCGCGCCGCCGGCCACACCUGGACCAUCAAGUACUACCCCAAUGGCAUCAACUCGAGGGCCACCGGCUGCAUAUCUCUCUUCCUCGUCCUCAAGGAUCCCGUCGCCGACCGCCUGAUGGUCCAGUUCUGGUUCAGCUUCCUCGACCAGCUGGACCAGCAAACGCCGGCCUACCUCGGCACCAUCCCACCGAGCAAGUUCAAGGCCGACGGCUCCUGGGGCCGCAACGAGUUCAUCAGGAGCGAGAACCUAGAGCUGUCGGGGCGCCUCAUGGACGACGGCUUCACCGUCAGGUGCGACCUGAUCGUCGCCGGCGAGAUCCGCACCGAGGGCACCGCUCCCUCCGUCGUGGUGCCGCCAUCCGACUGCCUGCAGCACCUCGGUGCUCUCCUCCUGAGCGGGCAGGGUGCUGACGUGCGGUUCCUUGUCGGCGGCAAGACGUUCUCGGCGCACCGCUGCGUGCUCGCGGCGCGGUCGCGCGUCUUCAACGCGCAGCUCUUCGGCGCCAUGAGAGAGGCCAUUGCCUCGGAGGAGUCCGUUAUUCAGAUCGAUGGUAUGGCACCUCAGGUGUUCGAGAGUUUGCUCCAUUUCAUCUACACCGACUCGCUCCUGGAGAUGGAGGGGCUAGAUGAGGCCGCAGCCGCGGCGAUGGCGCAGCACUUGCUCGAAGCAGCGGACAGGUACGACUUGCAGAGGCUCAAGCUGAUGUGCGAGGACAGGCUGUGCCAGCACAUCGACGUGAGCACGGUGGCGACCACGCUGGCGUUGGCGGAGCAGCACCACUGCCAAGGGCUGAAGGAGGCGUGCUACGAGUUCCUCAGGUCUUCGAAGACGCUGAAUGAGGUCAUGGAGACCGAUGGCUUCCAGCAUCUGGUGAAAAGCUGCCCUUCUGCUUUGUUUGAGCUGAUGUCCAAGCUUGCUGAGCGUUGA